CAUCCAGGGACCACGAGCGUCAUUUUGAAAGUUUAGGAACGAAGUUGAAAGCCGUGGACACAUUCAGGGACGAACUUGACUAUUUACCAGUAGAAAAUACUUUGGUAACUAAGUUUUCUUUCUAUGCUUGAUCUCUCUACAAAAUUUCUUGGCUUCCAAACGAAGCAUCAGUGAGAACUCGGCGACGCAGAACACAUCUCCUGCCUCCUGGGGUACUACAAAAAGGGCGAACCCUUGCUCAUCAAUGAAGCUUUUUCCCUUUCAUCAUUCAGGUUUUGAUUGCAGCAAGUUUGAAGCGGAAGGCACAUGGAAGAAAAGAAGAAAGAAACUUAUAUUGAGGGAAAAAAAGAGAGGGACUGCUCAAAGAAAGUGCAAACCAAUGCAUAAUGUUGAGAUCAAAGUAAGAAUGGACUGUGAAGGUUGUGAAAGAAGAGUCAGGCAUACAGUGACUUCAUUAAAAGUAACAUUAUAUCUUGUCACUGUAUAUAGGAAGGCAAACUACGAUUUUAAUCCACAUUCUACCUCUUCUGCUGGAGUGAAAUCUGUGGAGAUGGUUCGAAAGCAGAGCCAUGUUCUAGUAAGGGGUUAUGUUGAUCCAAACACGGUCUUUUAAAGAGGGUAUAGUCAUGCUGAUGUAGAAAAGUCCUGCUGGUUUUACUCUUUUGGAAGGAUUCUUCUGGAAUAUUUUGGGAUAAUGAUAGUUUAUCUGCUUUAUUGGCUCUGGAGUUACAAGCCGAUCUUCUUGUUUUGUUGAGUGAUGUUGAAGUCUUUAUAUUGGCCCUCCAAGUGAGCCACAUUCAAAGCUCA